AAUAGUAUUAGCACUCACAACGUGCUAAAUCGCACCAUGGCACACACUAAUAUCCAAUGUCACAACAAUGUCACCCUCAAUAGUACAAGUGGUAAUAGUCAGAACUCGGCUACCAACAACUCAGGGUCUUCAGAGUAUGGCACACAAACAAAUUUUGACCGGAUAUAUGGUACAAGUCUGCUGGGAACUAACCCACAAUGCAGUACACACGAAACCCACACAAGGACACAACUAGCAUCAAACAAUAGGUGGAAUAAUAAGCCAUGGUCAUCACAAGGAUCCAAUCAUUUUUUAUCCCCCGCGUCCCUGUCAGCGUUGAAAAAACAGCUGGUAGGGAUGUUAACACUCCUAAACCACUAGUGCUGGCUCCCUCCUUGCAUGAAAACAGGAACGGUCUAGUGCACCCGUAUCCAUUGGACACACUUGACACUUGCACAAGUAUAGGCCAAAUAAAGAACCCUACCCACUUCUGUAACCUAACUAAAAAUAAAAAUUCCUUAGUCUAUAGCAAAUCCAGUACUCCAACUCCUAAUUCUUCACCGAAAACAGCACACACCAACUCGAUAGACAUAGGUGAGCAUGAUGCUGAAACUCCUCUUAACAUAGGAUCGUCAUGUCAAGCAGAACUACUGGGUGCUGAACCAUAUUCGGGGCUGACUAACGAACUUAAAUACUUCAAAUGCUACUUCAAC